AUGCGGUUCGCACUUUUUAUAUGUGUUGUCCUAGGUACAUUUUUAUCCGAAAGAUUGAACGAAGCGGUAAUUUUCAAGUUUACCAACUUUGAAUGCGGGACCUAUAACGAGUCAUGGUUCGUCUUCCACAACUGUCGCCUGAAGGCUGUGGGGCGGAACAAGGUCCUUCUCAACAUGAACGGAACCAUACUGCAUCCGGCGCACCAUAUUGUAAUGCAUUAUAAGGUUUUUAAAAAAGAAAGUGGUUACAAGCCAUGGUUACUGGAGAAUCAAAUCGAUGCAUGUCGUUUCAUGCGCAAUAAAAAGGAUCCAGUUGGAAACAUCCUCCAUAGCCUCUUUAAAGAUUUUUCCAACAUUAACCAUACAUGCCCCUACAUGGGCCCGCAAAUUUUGAAGGACUUUUAUCUAAGACAUGAGCUUCUCAUUCUUCCGUUUCCAACCGGUGAUUAUCUGCUGUCUCUUCGUUGGCACUUUGAUAGAAAACUACAAUUUGAUACAAACGUAAGUUUUGUAUUUGUGGAGGACCUUGUAAAACGUCAGCCCUAA